CCAUGCCAAAUAGUGAGCGCAUGCAUAACCCCUGUGAUUUGAUUGUCUAUGCGGGUCCAUGAACGAUACAAGCGCGCUCCCGAAACUUCAGGUGAAUGGAGAGUGUGAAGAAGAGUGGGCUACGGUUCAGUACGCGUCGGAGAAAAGGAAGAAAUAAAGAAAAUGAGUUUUAAUACCACGUUUUGGGCAAAUGUUUUUACAACUACGUAUCUACUAUUCGUAACGGGCUGCGUUGCACAGAAAGUCUACUUUGACUGUGGAGCUAAGGUGGAUGUGGUGGACGUCCAGGGGCUGAUCCUGUCUCCUGGCUUCCCCUACAACUACUCCUCUGGGACCCACUGUGUCUGGCAGUUCUUUGUGCCGGUCGGUCACCAGCUCAUCCUGGAGUUCUUCGACUUUGACGUGUUCGAGAGUCAGGACGCGUCGCCGCAGUACGGCUCCGUUCCGGAGUUCGGCGACGAGGGGGGCCCGUUCACCCCGGCCGGGUCGGACGACUCCGGGGGGGCGUCGGAGAAGGAGUCGGCCCCUCGGAGGGACGCGUCGGAGAAGGUGCCCCAGUCUGCGCUGAAGGACGAGGUGAAGCACGUGGUGGUCCAAGAGCAGUCCACCAAAAUGGAGAUCGCCAGGGUCUCCAACUCCGCCAAAAGGUCAGCGGACGCCCCCUCCGACCCGGCCUCUCCCCCCCCGCCGUCGCACCCCCUGCUCCCAGGGGCCCAGCCCCCCGGGGACAAGGCCGCAAACUCGGCCUCGCCGGCCGUCCGAGGAGACCCCGACGCGGGACUUGCCGCCGAGGAGUCUACCCCGGCCCCGGCGACCCCCACCACCGCCUCCCCCACGGAGACGGCGAGCCCGGAGACCCAGCAGUCGGUCCUGGACGCCUGCCCUCACGACGUCCUCUACAUCUCCGACCUCGUCGCCUUCUCCUCGCGCUUCUGCGGCUCCAACCGGCCCUCCAGCGCCCAGCUGGUGUUCGGGUCCAGCCAGGAGAUGGUGGAGGUGAUCAUGGAGCUGAUCACCACCACCCACUGGGGCCGAGGCUUCGCCCUCCUCUUCCACUACCACAACCGCACUGCCCAGGCGGCGGGCGGGGACCGCCACGCCUACAGCCCCGCGGGCCCCAGGGCGGAGUCGAUGCUGGCGGCCGUCAGUGGGGCGGCGUUCUGCGCGAUGGUGCUCACCAGCGCCCUCUGCGUCAUCUUCAGACCCAAACUAUGUCCCAAAAGAGCCAACUCCUGCUCAUCCAACUCUGAGGUAAAAACAAACUUCUUGCCGUUCUACUCUCCUCAAUCUGCAUAUUCCUCUCCUCCACUCCUCUCCUCCAUUUGUCUCCUCUCCACACUAGACCAGACCAGACAUUCCUCUCAAGGCUAGGUUCUGCCGGAGAUCACAGAACAUUACCUUCAUAUCCUCUGCCACUGCUGUUGUACUCUCCUGUGUCCUCGCCUUACGGCCCCCUCCAGCC